AUGAGCAUGGACGACCCCGUUGAGAUGAUCCGACUCUUGCAACAAAAAAUGGAUGAGAUGCAACAGCGUCACGAGGACGAGUUGGCGGCAGUAAAGGCCGACUGCGAAGCCCGGAUUGCCCGGGAGGUUGGAAGGAUAGACGGAGAAGAGCAGGUGAAGGAUAAAGGAAAGGCGGUAGCGGGAAAGCGUACGCCCCAGGAUACCGAGUGUGAUAGAACUUGGAGGCCUACCGGGUCUGAGGCGGAGGGAAGUAAAGCUAAAUCGGUGCAUGCGGAGAGCGCUGCCGAGGACGGACGGAUGGUAGUAAAGUCAGAGCCCUCGUCCACUUUGUUACUUCCCUUCACCCAAAACAUAAUGAAUGUCCAAAUUUCGGAACAAUUCGUGGCUCCGCAAUUCAAAAUGUAUAACAGGACAACGGACCCCGAGUCCCAUAUCAAGACGUUCUCGAAUGCAAUGGCAUUCCGAACGGGCAAUGAGGCUAUUUGGUGUCGAGCGUUCUCGCUUUCGUUGGAGGACGAAGCACUGGAGUGGUUCAACACCCUCCCUCCUAAUUCCAUAGAAAACUUUGCUGGGUUAAAACAGCUAUUCAUCAAACAAUUCGCGGCCAGUAGUACCCAAGACUUGACCGUAUUCGAAUUGAUGACCCUCAAGCAAGGGAAGGAUGAAACGCUGCGGACGUUUAUGGACAGGUACCAGAAGACCAUCCGCCGCGUGAAGAGCCUGACGCUAGAGCUCGCCCUUCACUACAUCCUACCGGCUCUCAAGCCGGGGCCGUUUAAGGAUAGCGUCUGCAGGCGAGCGCCCAAAACGAUGGAAGAGUUGAGAGAACGAGCGGCAGAUGAGAUAAGGGUGGAGGAGAUGAAGCUCUCAUACAAAAGGGAGAGUCAGGAGGCCAGGGGAGAAAGGACGGACGGUAAUAAGCCCAGUUCGUCGACGGGAAAGCUGUCCGGUCCUAGGCACAAGGAGCAGAAAAAAGGGACCUCGCUUCCAAUAGUAUACCCCCCUGAACGCCCCAAGUGA